UCUUCCCAUUCCACAGAACGUAUUACGAGUGUACCUGACUUGACCACCCCUAAUAUCUCUUCUGCCCCGCAGAGAGAAUGGAUUUAUUCAGGGAGGGCCAUUGCCAACGGCGAAACGCUAAAGAGUGGCUCGGAGGAAGUGGCGACAUCAAGCCAAGGGGCGAGUCUCAGCCGUCCACGCAACACACACAGCACAAGUGAUAGGAGCGGCCUGGCCACAACGCAAAUUGGAAAUUUUCUGGGCUUCUCACCGCUUAUUCUUUACCCUAAUGACGCCAAUGACAAUGCCGAAGAGAAUGAGGUUGAUGAGAGGGAGGCAAAUUGCGUUGUACAGCUGCGCUUUGACGAUAGUCUUCUGUCCCUUUCGCAGCUCACGGCCGCGUCGGCAAGCACGGUUGAUGCGGCAGAGAAUUUAUAG